UACAGUAUACGAUAUAGAGAGAGAGAGCAUAGCCGCGAUGUCACUUUCGCUAAAAUGAUUUUGGUGCCAAAAUCUGAAAACAUUGAACCCCUUUUCCCUCUCAUUUCAAACGAAUUUCACCUUCCCUCCUCUUCUUCUUCGUAUCAAAACCCUAACCCCCAAACCCCGCUUUCCCAAUUUGUUAUCCUUUGAUUUAUAAUCCAAAUUCCCCCCAAUUUUUUCCAGUUCAAAAGCCUCCACCUUCAUUUUUAGUCAUUGUUCAAUUGUUAAACAUCAUUUAAACCCCAAACUUUUCAACCCUAACUUUACUCCGCCUCGCCAAAUUCAAUGUGUUUCUCACUCCCUUCACCCGCUAGGUCCGCAGAGGGGCCAAUGGAGGAUUCUCACGCUACUAAUUUCGUUUCCGAAACUCUAUGUCCCUCUGAAUCGGUCGGCGAUUGUCGCGAUCAUUCUGGUCGGUUAUCGGCCGUCGGCGAAUCUACUCUUCCGGUGGGUUACGGUGUUUGCGGCGAGGACUCUGCGCAAGAGAAUUGUAAUACGGACACGCAGUUCCGGCAGCUCAACAACGAUUCGACUCUGCUGUUGACUUCUUGUUCACCCGUCUCGGCGGUGGCGCCGGAAUCGUGGGUUACUACCCAAGGGACCUGGCUCUUAGAUGAGAACGAGGGUUCAAUGGGUGCAGAAUCUGUCUAUGCAAUUGGGCCUUCUAACAUGGGAGCAGGACUUUCGAAUCUCGGCAAUACGUGUUUUCUCAAUGCUAUACUGCAAUGCUUUACACAUACAGUGCCUCUAGUGCAGGGUAUUCGUGCGUGUACUCAUAAUUUCCCUUGCGCUGGUCAUAUGGAUCGCUUUUGUGUUAUAUGCACUUUUCGUGACCAGGUUGAACGCUCUUUGUCCGCAUGUGGGCGGACUCUCUCACCUUUGAGAUUCGUGAACAAUUUGAGUUUUUUUUCUUCUGGAUUUAGAAGAUAUCAGCAGGAGGAUGCCCAUGAAUUCAUGCAGUGUGCUUUAGAUAAACUGGAAAGGCGUUUCCUAGAUUUGAAGAAGACUGAUUUAAAUUUUGAAGAUGAUAAUCUUGUACAGAAAGUAUUUGGUGGUCGUCUCAUUAGCAAACUUCAAUGUUGUAGCUGUGGUUGCACUUCUGACACUUAUGAGCCGUUAAUUGACAUGAGUUUAGAGAUAGAAAGUGUAGAUUCUCUUCCAAGUGCUCUGGAAUCUUUUACUAAGGUGGAAAAGAUUGACGCAAACUUUAGAUGCGAUAGCUGCAAGGAAGAUGUGUCCAUGGAGAAGCAGCUUAUGUUGGAUAUGACACCAUCAAUUGCAGCAUUUCAUUUAAAAAGGUUUAAGACAGAUGGGAUUUUUGUUGAGAAGAUUGAUAAGCAUAUUGAUUUCCCAUUGGAGUUAGACUUGCAGCCUUACACCAUUUCUAAUCAAAACAAUGAUGUACUGAUGAAAUAUGAUUUAUAUGCCAUUGUUGUGCAUACUGGAUUUUCUUCUACUUCAGGGCAUUACUUCUGCUUUAUUCGCUCUGGUCCAGACACAUGGCACAAGUUGGAUGAUUCAAUGGUUACUGAGGUAUCAGGAGACUCUGUACUGUCUCAGGAAGCAUACAUACUGUUUUAUGCAAGACAGGGUACUCCAUGGUUCUCUAGUAUCAUGGAAUCUCGAAAGCAAUGUUUGGAUCCAAAUAUUUCAAGUACAUCUCCUACGUCUGUUUUAGACGUUGGUGAUGACAUGUCUAAAUCUAAUCCCAGUUUAGUUCCAAGUACUGAAGAAGGUGGGGCUGGUGUAUCCAAAGGAUGUUCUGAUCCUCCGUUUGAUUAUAUUUGUCCAGACCAACUUGCUUUUUCUGAAACAAAUGACACUAAAGAUGCUACUCAUGGCUGUGGACGAUUUCUCUACGGGUCAAAUCAGGAGAGCAUUUCUUUCCAUAGCAGCUCUAAAGAUGUUGAAACCCAAAAGUUCAGAAACAGGGUGACCUUGGAUGCUCGUUCCAUGAUUGAUGGAAAAUCUUAUACUAAGAAUGUUAGUGUUGAUAAUAACCAUGAUUGUGAGGAAGUUGUUGAUUUUAGAGAGAGUGCCGGUGCUCCUUCACCAUCUCCGCCUUCGCCUCCGCCCACCUCCCCUCUUGAUGAUGCUUCAGUUAAAUUUCAUAUCUCACGUGAUAAAUCGAAGGAGAGUAAGCAGAGCCGUACAAGACCACUCCAUCAGUGUAACGAGGAUCUUCGACGACGAGAAGCUAUGAAAUAUCUGAACAAGACUGGUUCAAGGAGAGCGGAACUUAUGAAAUAUGUUCCAGAUGGAGCUUCAAACAAGAGAAAAAAAGUGGAUUCAUUGCAGUGUAAGAAAACCACCUCUCUUGAUCGCAAAAAAUCAAACCAAACAUCUGUCAGCCGCCCUGUGGCAGCUGGAAUUUCACAGUGAAUGGUCUUUUUGGUGUUUUGUUUAUGUACUUGAAUUGUUGUGGUGCGAAGCCUGAAGUAGUGAUAUAUAUGUUUAGACUUCUUAAUAUCACCACCGAAUUGUAUAGUUUCACACUCGAGAGAGAGUGGAAGGAUGUACUGGUUAUCCGUAUAUGUUCCCUUUCUGCACAGGUGUAACAUGUAGCCAGUGAGGACAAGAAUGUAUAAUAAAUAGUAACAUCGUAAAUAAGAUAAUCUUGACGUUGAUUAUGUCUGUUGGUGAUUAAA